AUGGAGUGGUACAUCUUGGUGUUGAUGCUCAGUUUGCCCUCUGUUUGCUGGACAGAUUGUUCUGAAAAGUGUCUGAAAUGCGCCAUGCACGUCUCCGACUCCCCACCUAACCUGCUGGCCUGCACUUUAGAGUGUGAAGGGACUCUUCCAUCCAGCGGUGAGCUAGAUCGAUGUGAAAAAGCUUUACAGCAACAAAAUGAGGACGAAUCAGAAGAUCCUUCAGUGUCAAACUUAGUGAAGCGCUACGGAGGAUUCAUAAAGAGGAUCGACAAGAACAAGAACAAAAAAAUACUCACUUUACCCUGGAUGGAGAACGCUGUAGACAAGGGAUUGCUGACUAAGAAAUACGGCGACGCUUUGCUAAAGCUAGUGGAGAGGAACCUUCCCGAAAUGACGGAGGAUGUUGAAGGGGAAGACGUCACCUCGCAGAACGAAGAGGGACUUUACGACGGCGAGAACGUUUACAACAGCAUGAUUCCUCUAAACAAGGUGAAACGCUACGGAGGCUUCCGGAGAAAAUUCAUCCCAAAGAGAAGUGAGCCUGAAGAGGAAAACGGCCAGCAGGAGCUGCAGAAACGUUAUGGCGGGUUUAUGAGGAGGAUUCGUCCUAAAUUAAAGUGGGACAACCAAAAGAGAUAUGGUGGCUUUUUACGCCGCCAUUUUAAAAUUUCGAUGCGGUCCGACGAGGAGCCUUCGAUAUACGAUGACUUCGGUCUUUAAAUCAUCUUGUAAAGAGUAGCUGAACUCAUACUAGAAGUCGAAAUAUUCACGACUUUUCAUUGUACUAGCCAAACUUGCUGCUAAACAUUUGGACCAUGCGUUCACCUUUGUGGCUACCGUGUAUCUAAAUGAUCCGGCCAUUUCGUUGUUAGCCGAUAGUAACAGAUGUAAAUAAACAUAUAUGCUGCAGUUAAUGCUUGUUCAAAAUUAUAAUAAAGGUUGAGACCUUGUUUUGCCAGACUUGCACUGGAAUUAUGUUUUGUGUGAAUUAAUUUAAAAAGAAUAUUUAAUAAAAUAAAAACAUUUUGUACUCUUCGGAA